AUGGCCAAGUUCGAACCUCCAGAACCAUUUUCGUUCGACAGACCAACGGAAUGGAUAGAGUGGCGACAAAGGUUCAGUCGCUUCAGACACGCGACAAAACUCCACAAGGAAGAUGGCGACGUUCAAGUUAGUUCGCUGAUCUAUGCAAUGGGAUCACAGUCCGAGGCAAUCUUCAAAUCGUUUGCUCUCAAUGACAAUGACAAGACAGACUAUAACAAAGUUCUGCAGAAAUUUGAUGAACACUUUGUUCCCAAACGAAAUGUGAUUUUCGAGCGCUGCAGGUUCAACAAAUGUGUGCAACAAGACGGUGAAAGUGUUGAAACUUUUGUGCGGAAUUUGUACACGCUAAGCGAACACUGCGACUUUGGUGAUGCCAGAAAUCAAUACAUACGAGACCGACUUGUUAUAGGAUUAUUAGACGGGCAAACAAGCCAGCUACAUCUUGACAAUGGUUAUAAUUUCCUUGGAGCUGUUAAUUGUGUCGACUCACAGGAACCAGCGUGGACUGUCAAUCUUAGAAUUCUCAAUAAAUCGAUUAAAUUCAAGAUUGAUUCUGGAGCAGAUGUGACAAUUAUGUGUGAAACCACAUACAAUUCACUGCAGCCUAGACCAGCUCUCAAACCAGCCAGUGCUAUGUUAAGCAGUCCCGGCGGAAAUCUGACAGUUCGGGGAGAGUUCGAAACCGACAUUAGGCUGAACGACGAGAAAUUUACAGUGAACAUUUUUGUUGUUUCUGGACCUACACAUAACUUGUUGAGCCGUGGAGCAGCAGUUGCCAUGGGAUUAAUCCAACGAUUGGAUGAGAUCAACGACAGUGUAUUCGGUGAUAUUGGACUUAUGAGGUGCGAUCCGGUGAAAAUAAAGCUGAAAGAAAACGUCACACCGUACGCAAUUCAUACUGCGCGACGAAUACCGAUUCCGUUACUACAAAAAGUCGAAGUGGAGUUGAAACGUAUGGAACAGUCAGGUGUCAUCACAAAGGUUGCCGAACCUACAGACUGGUGUGCGCCUAUGGUUCCAGUGGUAAAGCCGAAUGGCAAAGUGCGCAUUUGUGUCGAUCUGCGACAGCUCAAUAAAGCGAUUAAACGCGAGCGAUAUACGUUACCGACAAUUGACGACGUUCUACACAAGAUGGCAAACGCGAAGUACUUUUCGCGACUUGACGCGAGUUCCGGUUUCUAUCAAAUUCCUCUUGACGAUGAAAGCUCAAAACUAACAUGCUUCAUGACGCAUCUCGGACGAUAUGCUUUCCGUAGACUCCCGUUUGGAAUUUCGAGUGCGCCAGAAAUUUUCACGCGCAUCGUUACAGAAUUAUUAGGUGACCUCGAGGGUACCGCAGUCUUCAUGGACGACAUAUUCGUGGGCGGAGAUACUCGCGAAUCCCAUGACAGAAAUUUAAAUAGUGUUUUCGAUAGAGUGCGCGAAGCACAGAUGACGUUAAAUAAGGAGAAAUUUGUGCACUGUCAGACAGAAAUGGACAUAUUAGGCCAUAGACUGGGUGCUGAAGGAAUCAGUCCUCACCCCGACAAGGUCAAGGCGAUCGUGGACUUAAAGCCGCCUAAUGACAUUGUAGAAUUAAGACGCUUUCUCGGCGACACGGUUCGUGUAAAACUAGACAAUGAGAAGGGUUGGGUGACAACGGGAAUUGACACAGAUAAGCUCCCUACACCGCGAUCUUAUAAUAUCGAAACGAGCAGAGGCAAAUACCGUCGUAACCGUAAGCAUUUAAAGCCAGCUCCAGGUAUUACUUACGAGAUGACCCCACCAGAAGUUGACCCACUUGAUGACUACAUGCAGGAAACCCCUAUUGUAGGAAAUCAGCCUCAAGCAAAUCAGCAUAGUGGACGUGAAGUCACGCGCUCUGGACGAGUGGUCCGACCUCCAAAACGUUACGGAUUUGAUUGA